AUGCCUGCCGUCGAAGCAACCCCCGUUUCAUCGUCUGAGUCCGGUCUUAUCAAGAUGGAAGACCGGAAGAGACCUGCCGUUCAUGAUCAGAAUGAUGCUGCGCCGCCAUCGAAGAGACAGGCGACUGCUAUCAACGGGAAUAAACCUCACCCAGAUGCCGAUAUGCCAUGGAAAGAUGACUUGGAGCGCUUCACGAAAGAUGCCAUUUGGCGCCAGAUGCAGGAGUUUAAGCGGGAAAAGGUCACAUUGGAAUCAAAGGUCAAAGAGAUGACAAAAGCCGCCACAUUUCACGAAGAUCACCUCCGGAUAAUCGAUGCCUGGUUCAAACAAUUAAUCGACGAAGUCAAAAUAUUGUUUGGUGAUAACGAUGCGAACGGCCAAGAUCAUCCCGCUUUUCAAACUUCCCUUCUGUUCGAUGAUAAUGAGAACUUCCAGAAACACCUGAAAAGUCGAUCAAGUGACAUCAAAGAUACCGUCUCCAAGUUGAUAGCCAACGCACCAAAAGCAACCCAGGAAGUGUCGGAAUUACAGAGUCAAUUGACUAAGAAAUUAGCUGAAGAGAGGGUGACCAUAGUCGAGCUGGAGAAGGCUAUAUCCGAAAGACAACAAUUCGAGGAACAGUUAGAGGCUGCUUCUCUGCGGUAUAUGAUGGCCGAGAAGAAGCUUGAUCGGGCAAGAAGUAUGACAGUCGCCAAACUGGAAAAGCAAUAUAUUCUUGGCGCGUCACGACCCGGAGCAGAUGGACCGUCAUCUGCAACCCGCGAAGAGACUGCAACACCAGUCAACGGCGCUGCAUCCACUCCCGAGAAAAGCUCAGACCUGGAAGAAGCAUACAACAAAACUUUGGCCAUAUCUCGAAAACAGCGGGAGCAAUUGGACACACUGGAGGCUGAAAAUGCAAAGUUGACAAGUGAUAUUACCGCUCUGAACGUCAAGAAUUCGAAACUCACCGACGACGACUAUGCGCACACGGACCUUUUCAAACAACUCAAAUCGCAAUAUGAGGAUGUGAUUAAACGUGUCAACCAUCUCGAAGCGUUGAAUGUUCAAUUGCGAGAAGAAGCUGGAAAGCUGCAGGCUGAAAGAACCGCAUAUCGAAACAGUAUGGACGCCGAAAAGCAAAAGGAAGUCGAAGAAAAGGAUGCCCAAUUGCAAAAGGCGGAGUCUGAUCUCGCAAGAAUCAGAAAUGCUCGGGACGAAUUACUUGCCGAACAGCAGAUGAGAAAAGCCACCCAGGAACAAGAGUCGACGGCAGCCUCUAAGGCUCAAGAGUUAGCCGCGGCCAGAGAGGCGCAGAUCGAAUCUCUAGAGUCAGAAGUAGAGAGAUUGCGGAUCCAAGUCGAUGGUCUAAAGGACGAUACAGCCGAGCACCUUGAAGGGCUUUCGGUGGAGGAAUUGCGAACGAAAUAUCAGAAUCUCGACCGACAAUAUGCAAUGCUCAAUAAAGAGCUAGCUUCAAUGCAGACCGUUUGCAAGAAGUAUUCAAGCCUAGCAUCACAGAAAGUUGCCGAUAUCAAUGCCCUUGAAGAAAAAGCCCAGCGGUUAGCUGCAGAAAAAUCCAAAGCCGAUCAAAAGUACUUUGCAGCCAUGAAGAGCAAAGAGGCACGGGAUGCUGAAGUACGCACUUUACGACUGCAAAAUUUGAAGAGCUCCGACAUCAUCUCCCAACUCAAAGAUGCUGAGGCCGCCACUCGUUCGCUCGUCGCAAACCUCGAAAAGCAGAUUGCAGAAGGGAAAGAAGCCCUCACAUCUGUAUCGACCAAAUAUCGUGCCUCACAACAACAGAAUACCGAAAAUGUAGUGACUAUAGAUGGUCUGAAGGCGCAGGUCGCCGAACUCAAAUCCCUCAUGACCGCAAAGGACAACACGCUGGCUUCCACAUCGGCCGCUUGCAGAAAAGCCGAGGUGGAGGUUGAGAGUUUAAAAUCAACACUUUCCGAUACAAAGAAGAGCCUGGAAAAUUGGAAGACCAAGUCACUUGGCAAUUCCUCAUCCGAAUAUGAGAUGCUCAGGACUCUUGCACUUUGCACGGUUUGUCGACGCAAUUUCAAGAACACAGCAAUUAAGACAUGCGGCCAUGUCUUUUGCAAGGAUUGUGUGGAAGAGCGCCAAGUCUCCCGGUCACGAAAAUGCCCGAAUUGUAACAAAUCCUUCGGAAGCAACGACUAUAUGCACGUGACACUCUAA